AUGGCCGACGGCUACGCCCGUUUGUCAGGGAAGCCGCAAGCAGUCAUCGUCCACGUCGAUGUUGGAACGCAAGGACUCGGCGCAGCGGUGCACAAUGCCUCAUGUGGACGCGCACCUGUUCUUAUAUUUGCGGGUCUUUCGCCGUAUACGAUUGAAGGCGAGAUGCGCGGGUCACGCACGGAGUAUAUUCAUUGGAUCCAGGAUGUUCCCGACCAGAAACAGAUCGUCUCGCAGUAUUGUCGAUAUUCCGGAGAAAUCAAGUCCGGCAAGAAUGUUAAGCAGAUUGUUAAUCGGGCCUUGCAAUUCGCCACGAGUGACCCCAAAGGUCCGGUUUACCUUGUCGGUGCCCGCGAGGUUAUGGAGGAGGACAUUGAGCCUUAUCAGUUGAAUCAGAAGGUUUGGGGUCCUGUUGCCCCGGCAGCUUUGCCUUUUGCUGGUAUUGAAUUGAUUACUUCGGAGCUGGCUGCUGCAAAGAAUCCGCUGGUUAUUGUCGGGUAUACGGGUCGACAGGCUCAGGCCGUGAAGGAGCUGGUCUCAUUGGCGGAUACCUUCAAGGGUAUUCGUGUGUUGGAUACUGGAGGUAGCGAUAUGUGCUUCCCAGCGGACCAUCCGGCCUGGUUGGGUCUGCGAUAUCCUGGACACGAAGCUGUCCAGUCCGCCGACUUCAUUUUGGUGAUUGAUUGUGAUGUACCUUGGGUCCCUACCCAGUUCAAGCCAUCCGAGACGGCUAAAAUCAUACAUAUCGAUGUGGAUCCCUUGAAGCAGCAGAUUCCUGUCUUCUAUAUCCCAUCCAUGGCUACCUUUCGAGCGGAUUCUGUUACCGCCCUCAAGCAGAUCAACGAUCAUGCCGCGAGCAAUAGUGAGCUACAGCAGUUCAUUAGAUCCAAGGAGAAUUUGCUUCUACGGGAGGGCCGUGAUGAAGCCUAUCAGACACGACGGAAGGAGAUUGCCGACCUCGCAGUGGUCCCGGAGGGUGGUCGUGAUGCACCCUUGAAUGUCAACUACCUUAUGGGCCUAGUGCGAAAGUCCUGUCCAGUUGAUGCGAUUUGGGCGAUUGAAGCCGUGACUCUGACACACUUCGUCGCCGAUCAAAUAGCAGCUACUGAGCCAAAUUCCUGGAUCAACUGCGGUGGCGGUGGUUUGGGAUGGAGUGGCGGUGGAGCACUGGGUAUUAAGCUUGCUACAGAUGUGCAGCAUGGCGGACCUGGCAAGGGUAAAUUCGUCGUGCAGGUGGUCGGUGAUGGAACUUUCCUCUUCUCCGUGCCUGGAUCUGUCUAUUGGAUCUCGCGUCGUUAUGGAAUCCCUGUUCUGACCAUCGUGCUUAACAACAAGGGCUGGAAUGCCCCGCGUCGUAGCAUGCUGCUUGUCCACCCUAGUGGUGAUGGCUCGCGUGCCACUAACGAAGAUUUGAAUAUCUCGUUUGCGCCGACGCCUGACUAUGCUGGCAUCGCGAAGGCUGCGGCUGGUGGGGAGAUGUGGGCUGGUCGGGCGUCGACUGUGCUGGAGUUGUCAGAGAAAUUGCCAGAGGCUAUCCAGAGUGUUUUGAAUGGCAAGGGUGCGGUUUUGGAAGCACAGCUUGAUGGAACGACGGGAAAGUAUGUAGAGGAAUCAUAG